AGACCCAGUCCGUCUGAACCACCAGCACCCUCUAGUCCCGACAAGCAAGUCGCAGCCCCUCAGCCAAGUUCUCCUCCUUCAAUCCCUCCUCCUCCACCCGCAACCACCCCAGCCAUGCUCGUCAACGCUGCCGCCGCCGUCGUUCUCUUCCUUGGCAUUGCUGCCUCGGCCGAUGCCGCCUCUGCCAAGAAAGGCAAGUGGAGCAAGUACGUCAAGAACCUCGACAAGGUCAUUGGUUCCACCCAGAACACUGCCAUCAUGGCCUCCGAGUCGAGCCAGCUCCACUCCCAGUACCUUGCUCGCCAGAACGACUCGCAGUUCCAGGGUCUCGUCCAGCAAGUCCGCAGCCACCUCCACAACGGCAUUGAUGCCAGCCUCCUCUCGGGUUCCAUCGUCUCUGACGAGUCGGUCGAGUCGAUCCGCCAGGAUGUCUUUGGCUCGAGCCUCUCUGCUGAAGACACCCAGACCCAGUCCGAGGCCGUCCUCGCUGCCGUCCUGCCCACUUCCUGGGACUCUCGCAGCUCGGGAUGGGUCUCGUCCAUCAAGAACCAGGGUCAGUGCGGCAGCUGUGUCGCCUUCUCCUCCGCUGCCACUGUCGAGAGUACCUUCCUCAGCCAGCAGCACCUGAGCCUCGAUGUCUCCGAGGCCGACAUCUUCUUCUGUCUUGCCGCUGGCCAGGCUCAGUGCAGCACUGGCUGGUACCCAAGCACGGCCGCCAGCGCCAUCUCCCAGAGCGGUGUUGCUAUGGAGUCUUGCUUCCCCUACGGCGGAGCCCUUAACGGCCAGGACCAGAGCUGCAAGUCCGGAUGUGCCCGCACUGGCGGCAUCUCUGAGGCUACUUUCAGCAGCGUCGACCAGUUCAAGCAGCACAUCAUGACCUACGGCGCUGUCUUCACUGGCUUCACUGUCUACAGCGACUUUGAGAACUGCUGCAGCAACAACCAAGUCUACAUGCAGCAGUCCAACCAGCAGCUCGGUGGCCACGCUGUUUCGAUUGUUGGCUGGGACGACUCCAAGCAGGCUUGGCUCUGCAAGAACUCGUGGACCGCCUCCUGGGGAACCAACGGCUUCUUCUGGAUCGGAUAUGGCCAGUCCGGCAUUGGCGCCACCAGCCAGACCUUUGGCUUCAAGGUCAGCGGCACCGUUCCCACCACCACCGCUCCUGUGAAGACCACCACCACCAAGCCCGUCAAGACCACCACCGGCCCCACUCCCUCCGGCAACCCUCCUCCUCCUCCUCCCGGCAGCUGCGCCGGUGCUGCUGCCAACAGCUAUGUCUGCCAGAGCUCCACCAGCUACUUGUGGUGUGUUGGCGGCAACGGCUACGCCUAUGACUGCCCUGCUGGCACCCACUGUGUCUCGGGCGUUAACUACCCCUGCUCCUGGUAA